CGCGUGAGGAUCGUUUCGGGUUGUUGGACGUCGUACAUUGAAAGCGUCGCGGGUGUGGGUUACAUCUUUGCAUACGAGGGAGAUUAAUCAAGCGCGCCAGAGAGAGUGAGGGAGAUGCUGCUACACCUGUGAACUUGAAUUGGAGGAACAAUAAUUAAGAAAAAUGUUGAUUGGAUCAGCGUUCACAUGCUAUGCUUAAUUAGCGUAUAUGGAGAUAGUGUAACACGACACGGUUUGGAACGGCUUGCGGUUUCGUGGACAGCUCAGGCCUUCGGGACCUGUGAAUUGCUUGGAUAAACAGACGUCCCCGGGUGGGGAAGAAGCAUCCGCUACCAACUAAACCGGUUCCUCAACAACAACAACAACAAAACGGUCUUCUUUAGUGAGGAGCUUGGCUAGGACAAAAACUUCUCCGAAAGUUCCAGGAAAUAGCACAAUGAGUCAAUAUCUGAAGAAUUACAGCCCAGUAGCAGAUUACCUGUGCUUCAUUAUUUGGCUUAUCGUACUACGAGUUGCCCACUGUCAGUAUCUGCAGUCUCCGUGUCCGGACACCUUCACCUACCAGGCGGACCCCAGCACAAACCAAAUAUUCGGCUACAUCGAGAUCAACAACAUCCAGGUCGGCCAGGUGGCAAAACUCAACGUUGAUCUGUCCAUCGGAACGCAACUUCCGUCGCAAAAUGUCGGUUCCAUCACGCUAAUCAAAUCCCGUGAAGCCACGUUCAACGACAUCGUCCGCGGUGAACCGGCCCAAUAUCGGGUAAACUUCCCGCUACAGAACAUUCUCCCCACCGUCCUGAACAUCGCCCUCAACGGGCAGACCAUCUGCACAGGUCAUCGCGCCCAGGGCAGGAUCGUAACAACCAUAAACUUGGAGCACACGUUGUACACGCAACUCGCCAACAAUGGUCAAAACGGUGGAGGAUUCCAAAUGUUCCCGCAACGUCCCAUCUACCAGCCUCAACCUCAACCCCAACCCCAGCAGCCAUUCCCAGCACAAACGAGACCAACCUGGAACAACGAACCGCAAACCACUCCUCCGCGGGUCGUACAGCCCCGGCCAACGCAACCACAACGUCCCCGGACGACUACGGCGCAAGUGUUCCGACCACAACCUGUCGCCACGACCGAGACACCACCGGCCCAACAAUCGACGAGCAGCUUCACAUGUGGUCGUCCCUCGAGUGCGUUCCUGAACCGCCUCUCGAUCAACGGAGAGCUGGUGGAAAAGGGUCAGUUCCCGUGGAUAGUGCCCCUGUUCGAUCAGAUCCAGCCGCGCAAUCCCAAGUACACCUGCGGCAGCACGAUCAUCACCAAUCGGUACCUCAUCACGGCCGCUCACUGCGUGUACGAAAUCGACGAAUUCAUACGACCCGAGCGUCUGAUAGCGGUGCCCGGGAUGUACAACAAGGACAACUUCUUCGACGAGAACGCCAAGAUCGUCAACAUUGAGAAGAUCAUCCCGAACGAUGAGUACGUCCAGGAAGACGACCUGAACGAUGCGGACGUAGCCGUGCUCCGGAUGGCGAUCACCCUGACCUUUACCGAGUUCAUCAUCCCGGUGUGCCCGUGGCAGGGAGAAAAUGAUCUGAGCAAAAUCGUCGGACAGCAAGGUCUUGUGGCCGGCUGGGGUGUAACGGAACUGGGCAGCACGACAUCCACGCCAACCUACAUCAAGUCGAAGAUCGUGGAUAAGCGCCAGUGCGUCAACAACCUGCAGCGGAUGUACUCGAGCAAUGCGAGGAUAUUCUGCGGUGACGGGGAAGGUUCCGUACCGUGCAACGGAGACUCCGGCAGUGGGUUGGUGAUCAAGCGGGGCAAUCAGUACUACCUGCGGGGGGUCGUUUCCAAGGGUUUGGUGGAUCCAAACACGCUCAAGUGUGACGCCAGCAAGUACGCGAUCUACACCGAUAUUGCGCUGUUCCGAUUCUGGUUGCGGCAAGUUACGCAGAACUAGUCCAGUGCGAUGUGAAGGAGAAUAACCGAACAAGACUUUUCGCAGCAAUCUCGUGUUAGACACUCAGCUGUUUUCCGGUUGGCACUUUUUAAUGUAAGCUUAACUUAUUAGAUCGAAUAAACCAAUAUUAUUUACAA